AUGUCGACCUCAGCCUCGUCCGCUCAGGGAUCUAUCCCGGACCUCCAGACGAGAUACAGUGGCGUGCCGGCAAGGCUUUCUCAAGAAGCUGUUGAGGCCAAGACAAAGCUGUUCUCUCAAAAAACGGUGCCGGACAGUUUCCCCAGGAGGAGGACUGCCCUGCCUCCUGGCGUUUCAAAGGAAAGCUUCGAUCAAGCUGUGACCGAGCUCAAAGGUGCUCUGGGAGAAGGAAAUGUCGAGCUGAACGACAAGCCGCUUGUGGAUGGCUGGUAUAUGGAACACCCGAAUACUCACGACGCAUAUCACAUCGCCGACCAAGAGGAGCUGAUAUGCAGUGCCAUAGUCUAUCCAUCUAGCACGGCGGAGGUCCAGACCGUGGUAAGAUGGGCCAACAACCACAACAUCCCCGUUUACCCUGUUUCGAUGGGCCGCAACAUCGGGUAUGGUGGUGCAGCACCUCGUGUUCCCGGAUCUGUCGUCAUCGACCUCGGUCGAAGAAUGAACAAGAUCCUAAACAUCGAUGCUGAUAACGCCUCAUGCAUUGUCGAGCCUGGCGUUUCGUAUUUUGCGUUGUAUGAGGAGAUCCAGAGACGCAAGCUCCCACUAUGGAUCGAUUGCCCUGAUCUCGGCGGUGGUUCGGUUCUCGGAAACGCUAUCGAUCGCGGUGUUGGGUACACACCUUACGGUGAUCACUUCGCCAACCACUGUGGCAUGGAGCUGGUGCUACCGACAGGCGAGCUGCUCCGCACCGGCAUGGGAGCAAUGCCAGGCAAAGAUGGCGCGGACAACCCGACAUGGCAGUCCUUCCAGGCAGCUUAUGGCCCCUAUGUCGACGGCAUUUUCAGCCAAAGCAACUACGGCAUCAUCACCAAGAUGGGCUUCUGGCUCAUGCCAGAGACUGGGCACCAGUCAUACAUGAUCACCUUCCCGCGCGAAGAAGAUUUUGAGCAGAUUGUGGAAAUCAUCCGGCCACUCGCGCAGAAGAGGAUACUCGGAAAUAUCCCUCAACUCCGACAUGUCAUCCAAGAACUGGCCGUGACAGGCAAGCCUCGAUCGUUCUGGUACAGCGGUAAAGGUCAGAUGCCACGCGACGUCAUCCGAGAAAAGGCGUCCAAGCUCCCCUGCGGCGACGUGUCCUGGGUCUUCUACGGCACUCAAUACGGCGACCCAGCUUCGAUCGACGCCCAGCUGAAAAUCAUCAAGGCCGAAUUCGGCAAGAUCAAGGGCAGCAAAUUCCUAUUCCCAAAAGAUGUACCGGCAGACCACUACCUGCAUUCUCGCGUCCAGGUGUGCAGCGGAGUGCCUGCGCUGAAGGAGCUCGAUUGGCUGAACUGGCAGCCGAAUGCCGCCCACCUGUUCUUUUCCCCGAUCUCGCCCACCAAGGGCAAGGACGCCAGCCUCAUCCACAGCACCAUCGCCAAGUUACAUAAGAAAUGGGGCUUUGACGUGUUUCCGACAAUGUGCGUCGCUGGUCGAGAGAUGCACUACAUCGCCAACAUCGUCUACGAUCGUGCCGACGCCGACGCCAAGAGGAGAGCAACGGGCCUAAUGCGCGAGAUGAUCUCGGCGGCCGCCAAGGAAGGGUAUGGCGAAUACCGCACCCACUUGUUGUUUGCGGACCAGGUCGCCGAGUCGUACAGCUGGAACAACGGCGCGCUCAGGAAGUUCAACGAGAGCAUCAAGGAUACGCUUGAUCCGAACAGUAUCUUGGCACCCGGUAGGAACGGCAUCUGGGGCAAGCGAUAUCGGGGUAAGGGAUGGGAGAUCCUAGCAGGGGACAAGAGGAAUUUGUUGACAGAUGGAGUGAGUCCGAGUCUGAGUUCGAAGUUGUAG